AUGAGCAACAAUGCUCCCACUUUGCUAUCGUUGAUAGAUCAUGCACAAAGAGAGCUUGAAUUGGCGACUUUUGCUUAUUAUGCCCUGAAAGUUCAAGAGGCAGAAACCCAUGGAUCACAAUCAAUCAAAUUAUUUAACCAAAUAUUGAAGCUCUAUUCGGGAAGCAAUGGUCCUGGUAUACAGAAGGAUAUCAGUAUUUCUACUAUAAAGCAACUAUGUAAUUUGGCAAUUGAAAUAUAUACCAAAAUAAAGAAAGUUGGAAAGCCGACAGCAGAAAAGGUGCCGAUGGAAACCAGUUUAAAGUGGUUAAGCUCCCAAAUAAAUCAAGACUUCUUCCUACCAUUGAUAACAAACGAUUACCGGUUCUUUGUUGAUCCAUUGGAUUUGGAGUUUUCUGAUAAAAUGGAAAACCUAUCGGCGGAGCAGGCCAAAUAUUUUGAUAGAUGGGGCCAUGCUUCGCAACUAGAUGUCAAAAAUAGUUGGGAAUUGAAUGAUCUGUCAAUUAAGGAUUUGAAUAAUUUGUAUCAGGAUGAUCUGACGUCUACGUGCUCAUUUGUCUCAUCGUUGUUAUCUAUUGUGAAUAAUGAUCCCUUGCUUAUAUACAAUUUGAUCUACCCACGGUCCAAAUCUUUCAAAUAUCUGGUUCAAUUGCAGAUCAAUGGGUGUAAAAGGGCGGUCAUCAUCAAUGAUAAAUUGCCUUUCAGCAAAGACAGGUCAUCCAGUAAAUCCUUGUUUUUGAGAUCUUCUAAGAAUCAGCACUUAUACUGGCCGGCACUACUUGAAAAAUCUUACUUCAAAGUGAUUGGUAAUAACUCAUAUAAAUUUAACGGUUCGAAUGCCGGGUACGAUACCUAUUUAUUGACAGGCUGGAUCCCUGAAUAUAUCAAACCCCUCGACUAUUGUCAACACGAGGAUACUUUUGAAUCUUUUUGGAAUAUGCUUUAUGAUAAUUUCCGUAAGAGGAAAUGUUUGAUAUCAUUAGGUACUGAAUACACAGGUUCCAGUGUCUAUUAUGCAGAAAAAAAUAAUUUGGUAUCAAAUCAUGAUUAUGCUGUUAUUGACUUGAAAGUCGAUGAUGAGGGAAAUAAGAAAAUGUUAGUCAAAAACCCCUGGUUGGUUGAAGAACGAGAAGUAUGGCAUGAUUAUAGUUUUGUGGUCAAUAAUUUUGGAACAAUUUACCUAAAUUGGGAUCACAGGAUGUUUUCCUUUAACCAGACUUUGAAGUUUACAUACUCUCUUAAAAAUAAUGGCUCUGUUUUGCAAGAACUUAGUGCCGAAGGUAAACCACAAUUUGGAGUUAGUAACCCAUCAGAGAAGUCUGUUGAUGUUUGGAUAUUACUAGUACAAGAUAUAAUGGAUUACAGUAAACAAGAGCUUCGCAAUACCAAGAUCUUAUUUGCUGAAACACAGUAUGGUGAAACGAUUAACUCAUUAAAGGGAGGAAGAAGACUCUCUAAAAUAAUUGAAACUACUAAUAAGACAUCCUUAACAAGAAUAACUAUUAAACCGAGGCUGUCUAUUACUGUCGUAAUUGCUUUAACUCCUGAAGAAGAAGAUUCAGGGAUUUUUCUAUUGAACCUAUCGUGUUUCUCACACUCCAAUGAUACCGUAUUCCGAAAGUCUAAACCAUUGUUUCCAUUCAGUGACGUGGUUAAUUCAGAAUGGAAGUGGAAUAAUUCUGGUGGUAGUUGGUUAUAUUCUGAUUACAUAAAUAAUCCACAAUACGUUCUUGAAAUUUUUGGUGGUGAUGAUAGUACGGUCAAUAUUACUUUACUUGUGGACAGUUUUGACGUUUUAUUCAGUUUGCAGAUUUUUUGGUUCCCGGAUACUGGAAAUAGAGGUAUUCAAAGAUACGAUGCUAAGAAGCUUGUUUUCAAUGAAAAGUAUAAUGCGACUGGUGAGUUAGAAAUCCCAAAUUUAAGUUUGACCCCGGGCAGGAAAUACGCGUUAUUGUUAUCAACAUACUCUCCAAUAUCGGAUUUUGGUCUAGAUGAAUUGAAAUAUAGGCUCAUAGUCAAUUCAAACCAAAAGUUCCGUUUAAGCAAAUUAAAUAAUUCGUUGGGGUUAUUUGUUCGAACCAAAUCGUUACAAUGGGAAGGAUCUAAUAGAAAAAAAGUUCUUUUCCAGAUUGAUCGAGAGUGCAAAAUUAAUAUUAGGGUCAUUGCCAAGCGUGGGAGUAUUGAUACUUUGGAAAGAAAUUUAUCUAAGUUCUCGAUCAACUCGUCUGUGGACUCUUUGGAUGCACACAAUGAGUACGCUGCGUAUCGACCAAAGAUAAGGGUCAAUGUUUUUGAUGAUAACACUAAUAAGUCCGUUUUCUAUAAUACAGAAUUCGAUGAUAACUUAUAUGGAACAUUUAUUAAUGAUUUAACUGUUAUCAGGGGAACGUACUCAUUAGUUAUUGAACGCUUUGAAGCAGGAGAUGGUGAAAUUUGUGUCAACAUUGGAGCAGAUGCAAAGUUUUCUAUUCUUUAG